CCACUUCCGCCGCGAUAUUUACAACAACUCGUCAUACGGGGUCGGAUUUUUUCUGGUAGGAAAAGAUCAGCCAGUAAAGCAAUAAACUAAUAAAAAUGUAACAUUAAGAUGAUCUCUAAGGCAUAGUCAGUAGUGUAGGUUCAGGUUCAAUCUGCUGCGAGCUCUCAGAGUCUAAUGAAAGAAGAAGAAACGCGGUGAAAAUGAUGAGCCCACAGGAUAUGUGUUCGUAUAACAAGAAGACGGCCGACAUUGUUCCCCGGGUCGCUGUUCGCGGAGGAGGGGGAGGAGCGGGGCUCUCGCUCGGUCUCGCGGCCGACAUUAGACCUACCAGGCCCGGCGUCGACGACGGCUCAGUGCCCAGCUCCCCCUUGUCGGACUGCGGGGAGAUGGCCGUUGGGAACUGCAAGCAGUACGAAACGCUGGACGGAGACACGCGAGAGAUUAUCAGUGACUUUCUGAGGAACUUUUGCGGACUCUCUCGGUCCUGUGGAGGACACGGUGCGGUUGUACAGACAAUGAAGCGGGUGGUGGACGAUCUGGUGGUCAAACAUGGGAUUGCGUACAAAGGUAUGUUGAACAAACUGGGUAUGGAAGACAGAGGAGAUGACAUGUAUGUAAUUAGGGCAGUAGCUAAGGAGCUAUUCAGUGAUGGCAUCACCAACUGGGGCAGGGUCGCCAGCCUGGUGGCCUUUGGAGCAGUGGUGUCCAAGCAUCAGCAUGACAUGGGCCGAGGCCACUGUGUGAGUCUAGUGGGUGAAGAACUAUCCUCAUAUCUUCUGUCAGACGAAAGGGACUGGCUCCUAAAAAACAAAGCAUGGGAUGGCUUUGUGGAGUUUUUUCGUGUUCCUGAUCCUGAGUCAACGAUGAGAAAUGCAUUAAUGGCCUUUGUUACUGUGGCAGGUCUUGGAGCCUCAAUAGCAUUUUUGGCAAGAUAAGUUCAAUGGACGUUGUGAAUGAUCUUGGACUUUUCUUUAAAAAAAGAGAAAUUAAUAUUAAAAUAAAGGACCACAGAAUCCACUACGCACAAGGACUACAUUUAAAGACAGUUGUGAAAAGACAUUAUUUUUGCUUACUUUGUCUGAACAUACAGAAUCUAUUUUUGUAUUAAAAUAUUUUAAACACUCCCUAGGGAAAAAA